UUCUAUUCCAUUAGCAACGAGGACGAGGUUUGCUUCACGUAUAACACAACGGACCCAGACAUUGUGGUUCGGUAUAUGCUAGACCCGUCUGGUGUUGUGAAACGGUUUACGUGGAUUGAAAGCGCAGGCAUGUGGAAUAACUUCUUGUACUACCCCAAGAGCCAAUGCGAGGAGCACUCAAAAUGCGGGUCUUAUGGGGUGUGUGACAUCAAUGGUUGGCCCAUAUGCAGCUGUUUGCCAGGGUUCAUGCCAAAGUCACCGCAGGGGUGGCCUCUCAUGGAUGUCUCUUCUGGUUGUGAGCGUGUCACGGCGCUGGACUGCAAGAAUAGCUCUGAUGGCUUCAUGACUAUCACCCUUGCAGCGCUGCCUGAAACGUCAAACGCCAUUUUAUUCCCAAACAUCAGCCUGAAUGAAUGCAGAGCUAGGUGUUUGAAGAUUUGCCCGUGCACUGCCUAUGCCGCAGCCAACAUCAGUGGUGUAGGAAUUGGGUGCAUUAUUUGGGUGACGGAGCUCAUCGACAUGCGAUUGUCCUCGCAUGCUGCACAGGAUGUCUUUGUCCGGCUAGCCGCUGCUGAUCUCGAGGAAGAUAUAAGAGGAAAUGGUGAACUAGAACUAAUACAACUUCAAUGGAGUACUCUAAUGGAGGCUACGCACAAAUUUGCCAAAACAAACAUAGUAGGAAAAGGUGGUUUUGGCCUUGUUUACAAGGGGAAGCUAACUGAGGGACUUGAAAUAGCAAUAAAGAGACUCUCUGGAAAUUCAUCACAAGGUGUUGAUGAGUUCAAAAAUGAAGUUACUUUUAUUGGAAAGCUUCAACACCGCAACCUUGUGCGGCUUCUCGGAUAUUGCAUUCAAGGAGAUGAAAAGAUUCUUGUUUAUGAGUACAUGCCUAAUGGGAGCUUGGAUGCAUUUCUAUUUGACAAAGAAAAAAGAGUACAUUUGGACUGGCAAACACGCUUCCACAUCAUUGUAGGCAUUGCUCGAGGUCUUUUGUAUCUUCAUCAAGACUCAAGACUGAGAAUCAUACAUAGGGAUCUUAAAGCCAGUAACAUCCUUCUUGAUAGUGAAAUGAACCCCAAAAUCUCAGAUUUUGGCUUAGCAAGAAAUUUUGGAGAACACGAAACCAUGACCAAGACAAGGAAAAUAGUUGGCACGUAUGGAUAUAUGGCCCCUGAGUAUGCGUUGAAUGGAGUUUUUUCAGUGAAAUCAGAUGUGUUUAGUUUUGGCGUAUUGAUCCUGGAAAUCAUAAGCGGGCAAAGGAAUAGGAUUUUCCUCUCAGAACCACACCUUUACCUUCUUGGGAAUGCUUGGAGUUUAUGGAAUGAAGGGAAGGUUUUGGAUUUAUUGGAUCCACUAGUCAGCAACACAUUUUCAAUGACUCAAGUCAUGAGAUGUGUAAAUAUAGGUCUCUUGUGUGUUCAAGAAAAGCCGGAGGAUAGACCAGUCAUGUCAUCAGUGGUUAUCAUGCUAGGUAAUGAUAAUGCACCAUUACUAGAGCCUAAAGCACCGGGUUUUAAAACUAUUUUUCCCACUAAACAUGACUCAGGCUCAAAUCGAAAUGCCUUGCAUAGUUUUAAUACUAUCACACUUACAGAGCAACAAAUAGGUAGAUAGUGAUUUAUAUAAU